ACACAAUUAAUGAAGACACGUGCUAUAGUGAAUGCCCGAAGAUACAACAAAUCAUGAAACAACGAGCGGGGUGCGAUUUUGAAAACUAGACAUGAUUACAAAUCUCUAAAAUAAAGAAGAUAUUUAACUGAAGACUUUACCAUAAGAGCAGUAACAAUUGAUUAGCAGACCGGUUCACGUCGCUUAGUUAUCGCCAAAGUGCUAUGGAUAUUAACAAACCGCAGAAAGUGACCAGUGUGCUUCCGAAACGGCGCCAGGAUGUGCUCCGUUGGGAUGGUUGGGGUUACAAGGACUGCAAGUUCGUGUGCGAAAAAGAACGGGUCUCCUUUGUGGGAGACCGGUAUCCUAUCAGCGGUCGGAUGGAUAAUUUCCGUGAUUGGGCGCGAGGCAUAUUUAACGUAGAUUUAACGAAGUACAAUCCAGCUGCCGUACAGCCGACAACGUUUCCGAAGGCGGUGAGAAAUGAAGUCUUUCUGAGGGGUUUAUCCAAAAAUGGGAUAGAUUACUCCGAUGAUGGCAUGGAUCGGUUGGUGAGAAGUCACGGUCAGACGUUGACUGAUGUGGAAAAUUUGCGGAAACACAAGUACAAACGAAUUGCGGAUGUUAUUGUUUGGCCAAAUUGCCAUGAUCAAGUAGUACAGAUUGUGGAGCUGGCGAACGCCAACGAUGUCGCACUAAUUCCUGUCGGUGGUAAUACUUCGGUUUCAAUGGCAUCGACAACUCCAGCUAUUCACGAUCGUACGAUCGCUGUUGUGGACAUGACACAAAUGAAUCGUUUAAUGUGGUUGUCCGAGGAGAAUCUGAUGGCCUGCUUCGAGGUGGGAAUUAUCGGUCAGGAUAUUGAACGGGAGUUGGGUAAGCUGGGGUUUACGCUAGGCCAUGAACCAGAUUCGCACGAGUUUUCAACCUUGGGAGGAUGGAUCGCGACCAGAGCAUCCGGCAUGAAGCAAAAUCGGUAUGGUAAUAUCGAAGAUCUCGUUCUACGAGUGAAGAUGGUCACUGGUAAUGGAGUGUUAGAGAAACAGUUCACGGCGCCACGGGUGUCGAUUGGGCCGGACUUCGAUCAUGUGAUUUUCGGUUCGGAGGGAACGUACGGAAUCGUGACCGAAGCAGUGGUGAAAAUUCGAUACGCUCCGGAAGUGCGUCGCUACGAAUCGCUGGUUUUUUCCGAUUUUGAAACCGGCGUGCACUUUCUGCGGGAAGUUGCGGAACAGCAGAUGCAAGCUCCCAGUAUGCGGUUAAUAGAUAAUAUUCAGUUUAAGUGUGCAAUGCUGUUAGAUCCGGUGGCAAACUGGUACACCGGGAUCGUGGAAGCGUUGAAGCACUUCUAUCUGACGGCUGUUUGUGGAUUUGAUAUGGAUCGUAUCGUUGCGGUUACGUUGCUGUUCGAGGGUGAUGCAGAAAACGUGACUCAGCACAUGCAGGGAGUGUAUGCGAUCGCGAAGAAAUACGGUGCUGUCAAGGGUGGCGAAUACAACGGAAGGAAAGGAUACACGUUGACCUUCCUGGUGGCCUACAUUCGGGACUUUGCCUGGGAUCUGAACAUCGUCGGCGAAUCGUUCGAGACGUCCAUCGCUUGGGAUAAGUGCAUUACCCUGUGCGCGAACGUGAAAGCAUGCAUCAGACGCGAAUGCGAACGGCGAGGAAUCAAGUACUUUGCCGUGUCCAGUCGGGUUACGCAGAGCUACGAUGCCGGUUGCUGUGUGUACUUCUAUCUACUGUUCAAACAUCUGGACAUCCCGGAGGAUUCGCUGAAGCUGUUCAUGGAGAUCGAGGAAAUCGCACGCGAGGAGAUCCUUGCCUGUGGCGGAACGCUGUCGCAUCAUCACGGAGUCGGCAAGCUGCGCAGCAAAUGGUAUCCGGAUUGUGUCUCGCAGGUCGGCGUCGGGCUGUAUAGGGCCGUCAAGAAAGAGCUGGACCCGAAGAAUAUUUUCGCUGCCGGAAAUUUGGUCCGGCAGGAGCAGCAGCAGCAGCAGCAGCAAGAAGUGAAUAAAACUUGAUCCACUUCGAAUGAGUUCUGUGACUUUCUGUGGACGGUCUCGGUUGGAUGUACCGACGGUGGAGGGAAUCGAAUUUCAGUAAUCACUGAAAGCUGCCGUCAUAGUUUUCAAGUUUCACAUUUCAAUUUAGCAAUCACGAAUUACACAUUCAGAAUCGAUCACACAAAGUAAUGUACGUAGCCUAAUUACUAUCAGUGUACCGCACGUUAACUACGAUUCAUAGCGAUACUCACAAUAAUGAGAGAUUUAUUGAACUGUUGAUUAGCCGCUAUGAUGAAAUUUAGGAUUUGCUAGUUUUGUAAAUAGUUACGAAGGAUAGGUAAAUCAAAACACAUUCUGAAGAUUGACUAAGCAACAUUAGCAAAAAAGAUGCAAAAAUGGAUAACGAUUUCGUAUGAUAAAUGAUAUUCAAUAAGCAUAUAUUAAGCAGAUACCAGAAAAGUUCUCACUGCACUUAAACAAGUGCGGAUUUCAACGAAGUACGUUAUCCCCUAUUUUUGAAACAGUUGUAUGAAAGUGAAGACAUUGCUGAAAUUUAGUUCGAGUAAGAGGUGUUAGUGCCCUAUAUAUUUCCGGGAGAAUUCUAUGACAACAGUUUGUUAGUUUAACAUUUGUAAAA